GAUCAACGGGGUGCGCACAUCUGCUGCCUAGUUAUAUCUGGAUAAAGCCCGUCAAGCGUCCCUGGAAGCUACUAGGCCGGUCGCUUUAGAAGCACACCUAAAGGCGGAUCUCGUGCUAGGUAUCGAGACUCACCAUGUCCGAUUCCCGACUAGCGAGAUCUUGUAUUGAAUGCCGGUUUGCCGAAACUCCGGAGUCAGCCAAAUCAGUUUAAACAGAGACGACAACGCUUGCGGGCAAGGCACUAAUACUAUCUGGAAAAGAGUCAGUGAGCCGUCACGUAUCCUUCGGCUAUUUUAGCAAGCGAACAUGGUGUAUACUGGGCGCAGCAAAGGGUGUUUUCUGUGCCGUAAGCGCAAAAUCAAGUGCGACGAAGCGCUUCCAGAAUGCGGCAACUGUCGUGUGUACGGCAAGCCAUGUCCGGGAUACAGACUCGAGUCUAUAUUCAGAAAUGAGACUUCUAAAGUCGAGCAGCUUGUCAAGAAAUCAGGCGGCUCAUCGCCAUCUUCAUCUUCACCUUCAUCUUCCAGCGGCCGGCGGGGUAGUCGGCGAGAGUCUUCUCCCCGGUCAUCAUUGACCACUCACCGGGUCGCCGAUUCCACAUGGGAGGAGCGAGCGCUGUGCUUUUUCUUCGACCAGUAUACUUCUGGCGAAGAACCGGACGAAGCUAUGAGUUAUUUGUCGUUCUUGCCGUCUUUGUACUCUGCCUGUCGAGAGAAUGGGACCGAUAGCCCGACUGCUUUGUGCCUGCGCAACGCUGUUGAUGCGACAGCUCUCAUGACACUGAGCAAUCAUGUCAACGCCGCCCCGCUUGUGGUGCGUGCUAGACAGCACUAUGGGAAUGCAUUACAGGGGCUACAAGCGGCGUUAUAUGAGAAAAAUGACGCUGUUAAGGAUGAGACUUUUGCGUCCAUGGUGUUGCUUGCGCUUUUUGAGGACAUCACGGGCGAGCGAAAUGGGCUUGCUAGUUCCCAUGCAGCGGGUUUUGAGUUUCUGAUGAAGCUGAGAGGGGAGAGCCAGCUCGGCCAUGCGCAGGGGAGAGGUCUGUUUCAUUUCGCAUAUACUCAUACGCACGUUGAGAUGCUUGCACUCCGAGGAAGGCCCCAUUAUAACACGGAUUGGAUUGUCGAGCGUCUUAGCGGUGCAGACCCAAUCGCCCGAUUGAUCCUUGCCGCAUCCAAAAUGAGCCAGCUGUUCCUCGCCACAACAUCGCUCCAGCAUCUGCUCCCUAUAUCUACACCACUUGAUGCAGACACUGUUUCACAACUCACCUUCCUCCUCUUAUUAGGCAGACAGAUAGAUCUCGAACUCACGUCCUGGAGCCAGGACCUCCCUGACCGCUGGCUCCCCCUCAUCAUUUAUCGCGAUAAAUCCGACAAUAAUGACUUCUUAAUCACAUACCACCACCUCUCUAUCGCUUCUGUUUGGACCUACUACCGAGCGGUCCGUAUUGUCUCUCACGUCAUAAUGCUCGAGCUACGAAAGGCCCUCGCCGCUGCGACGGGCGAAGUCCCCGAAGACAUGGGUGCAGGAGUACCAGCAGUCAUCCAGAAAAUGAUCUCAGAUAUAUGCCGCAGUAUACCAUUCUGCCUCGGCGACGUCGAUAUUAUGGGUAACCGAACGACCUCCGCAUCCCCCAGCGCAGAAUCUAAACCCCAGCCCCGUGCGCGCGCAUUCUCGGUGUACUCAAUGGUCUGGCCGCUGUGGUAUAUUCUUUCAUGCGGUCUAGCCACACCGGAACAGGAACAGCAAAUACGCAACUGUUUGUCGAGGGUUGGAUCCGUCCUAGGGAUCAAGCUGGCGUUGGUUCUGGCGGAGGAUGCAUCAAGCCAGAGAAGACCACCUAUUGGUAUCUCUGGACCGUUGUUUGGAGCUCAUUGACAAUUUCAAGCCGGGCGCUCAGGUUACUUUAUAUUGGGCAGUUUAUCACUUUGCAUAUCAUGAUUACUAGUAAUUGUAUAGAAGCGAUUGGGAAUGGGGCUUGGAUGCGAGGCCGGAGUUGUGCUCUUUUAGUCGUUGUUUUUCUCUUCCGAUUUCCCCUCUCAGAUUCUGAGUGUAUAUAUUUACUCAUCUCAUUAAAUAUUUAAAAAGUAUAUACAUUUUUUCUAGAUUUAUUCCGA